AUGUUAGAAAAAAAGUUUGCUGACAUUGACAAGAAAUUUGAGAAUGUUUUAAACAAGAACAAGAGGAAGUUAGAAAAUGCUCAGAUAAAGCCUAUACAUGACAAGUUCUUAUUUGCUCAGAAUGGUAUAACAGGUCUAAUUGCACCACCUGGGUCGGGUAAGACUUUCACUUAUCUUAAAAUGGCUGCACAACAACAAGAACUAGAUGAGAAGAACCCAUUCUAUGAGUUAGUUGUUAUUUGUAGUACUUCUGGUCAAUUUGACCAAACCGUCAAUUCGUUCAAAGAUAUUAUAAAGAAGUCUAAGUUAGUAUGUAUAAAGGAUACUGAGUUGUUAGAUUGGAUAAAGAAGUACCAAAGAAGAGUUUUGAAGUAUAAUGCUAUAAAUGAGUAUAUAAAUUCUAAGUUCAAAGACCCAAAUGAGGAAAUGCAGAGAAUAUUAGAGAAGAAACACUUCAGAAACAAACAGAAAGAGAUAG